GGGGAAUAUCUAAUGUCACAUAUAUGGAGCUGAACUUUGAGGAGUGAACACUUUCUUUUUUGACUCGUAGUCUUUUAAUCUUGUGCUGUUGAAACAAGUGGACAAUGAGAAGUCCACUGCAGCUGCUCGCAGGACUGAUCGUCAUUACUGCGUUCUCUCCAUCUCUCUGUGUUUUAGACAUUUGUCAUGAGGAAGUGGCUCGACUGCGGGAGCAGGAGAAGCUCCUGAAAGGUCAGCUUCAGACACAAGAACUCCUCCUACACAGACUACAGACACUGAACCAACGUGAUGACCAGAACAAAUCUGGAGUGAACCAGACCCAAGACGGCCAGUACACAGACUGUUCCCAGCUCUUCACAUCUGGCUUCAAAUCCAGCGGUGUCUACAGAAUCAAAACCAGCAGAGUGUACUGUGAUAUGAGUGAAGGAGGUGGUUGGACUGUGAUCCAGAGACGGAUCAAUGGAAGAGAGACGUUUAACAGGUCCUGGGCAGACUAUAGAGACGGUUUUGGAGACCUGGAGACAGAACUGGGGGAGUUUUGGCUCGGAAAUGACAACCUGCAUGACAUCACUACACAAGGGAAUUAUUCUCUGAGGAUUAACCUGGAAGACUUUGAUGGUAACCAGCGCUACGCUGAGUACCGGAACUUCAGAGUGGCAGAUGAAAAGGAUCUUUACCGUCUUAACUUUGGAGCCUAUGUGGGAACAGCUGGAGACGCUCUGUCAGGAGGUUUUCAGGUUGGCAUGUCAGAGUGGGCCAGUCACCAGGACAUGAAUUUCAGCACCUACGAUCAAGAUAAUGACAACUAUAGAGGAAACUGUGCCCGGGAAGACAAAGGAGGCUGGUGGUUCAACAAGUGUCACUCAGCUCAUCUUAAUGGUGCCUAUUACCACAGUGGUCACUACAGUGCACGGACAGAUGAUGGUGUAGUUUGGUACCCUUGGAGAGGGUGGUGGUAUUCCCUGAAGACCAGCGUCAUGAAGUUGCGACCCUCCAAUUUCAAAAUGGACCCCGCUGAUGACCCCAAUUCUGUUAACCAAGGUUCACCUUCCUAGUUCAGAUAUGAUCAGAUCUUUGUUUUGGGGGUAAAAUAAUAUUACAUUACAAUAACAACAUAGAAAAAACACAAGUAAAAACAUACUGUAUAUCUCAAUUCAAUUUAUCGUUUAGCCUAAUUCUUGCAGUUAUUUCCCUGUUUAGACUAUUCCACAGUCUCAUGUCGUAUUGGAAUUACAAAAGGUUGUUGUUCAUGCACAGUUUGUUUGGAAAUGUAACUUUCUUUCUCUUACAACAUAAAACCAUCAUACUGUACAUGGACGUAACUAAACAGUGUAAAUAUUAACCAUUUAAUCUCAUAAAGUGGUAAAAGCAACUAGGCAUUUUACACAAUAUAGUGAAAAUGUAGGUGUAAGAAUGAGUUUCCAUUGUCAGGACUUGUGAAAUUGUUUGUUUCACAGAUGAGAAUGUUGCAAGGGGGAAGUCGCCUGCUCACACAGCUGUCUGUGUUUCGAGUAGAAAAGGGAAAUCUUAUGAGACAGACAGGAACAUCAGACUGAAGAGGGAGAGACACACUAUCACUGGCUCCAUGUACUAAGAGCGGGAAGGACUUAAAAACAAUUCUAAAUCAAUAAAAGCAGCUUAACAUUCUAUUGUUGGGCUAACAGCAUGGACUGGGCUAAGGUCAGCACUGACUAUUUGCCCAGCUGUCACAUAAACUGUAACAGUUAUUGUCACAUUUAAAAACAAACAAUACUAAUAUACUGUGUGCAUGCAGGCUGAACUGUCAUCCUGUCAACAUUGUUCCUCUGCAUUUUGCACUAUGAUGAAUCAUUCUCCCUCUCACAUUGAUGUCAGAGACAUUCUAAAUAAAUAUUUAAAUAAUC